AUGUCUGUUUUGAACCGUUAUUUUCUGUUUGAUUCUAUUUUCAAUGGACGCUAAACCUGUCGCUCUGCGAAGCCUCAGUGUUGUUUUGAUACUAGAAACAGAAAGGGGGUGUGGGAUGCACUGUAGGACGCAUGCUCGCUCCUCUCUUCAUCCGGGUACCUGCUUUUGACCGUGGGUACGGAGGCGGGAAAUGGCGUCCAGAGGUGCUGGGAGGACAGAGGUGAAGCUAGUCUGAAAAGACGUGAACUAGAACCGGCGUUAGAUCGUGGCGGUCGUCGCUACCGCAACUGUGAAAUCGACCGUUUUCCAGCGAACAGAUUCCCCGGAGAUUCAUCCAUCUUACAUGUGACUCUCAACAAAAUGAGGCUGAGAAUGCGCAAGGCUUCUCAGCAGCCAAACCUUGCUCGCAGGCCCCACCCAGCCCCGACCAAACGGAAGCACUCUGAGGUGGAGGAGUGCUCAGGUGAAAGGAAGGGCCUUCUGUCCAGCAUCAAGAAAAUAAUUCACGGAAGUUCCAUCAAGGUAGAGCCUGAGAAUCCAGCUAAGAGGAAUCGUUUGAGCUGCGAGCUGAUCUCCUCCACUCCGCAGAGGAACAACUUGCCAAGGAAAAGCAUUUACAGAGCCUGUAGAAGCUCCAUCAAUGGAGAAACCACAAACCAUGACACAAGUAAGCCUAAUGGGAUGUUGGAAGACUGUGAGGAGGUUGCGAACAGCCCACCCCGCACCACCCUGCUUGGAACCAUCUUCUCUCCUGUCUUCAGCUUCUUCUCACCAGCAAAUAAAAAUGGCUCAGAUUCUCCAGGCCAGGCAGUGGAGGCAGAAGAGAUUGUGAAGCAGUUGGAAAUAGAGCAAGUGGAAGAGAUGCCCGCCAGUACUGCCAUAUCUAGAGAGCCCAUGGGGGUCUCUCUCUACACCAGUGCCAUGCCCUCAAACCUAAAGCCUCCACUCCCCACUCACACAUAUGCAGAUGAUGACGAAGACACCCUGCACUCUGACCUGCCUCCUCUCACAGCUCCUGGCUCUCCUCCAACAGGGGGGUAUGUGGAUCCUUCAAUGCCUGUCCCAGAAGGAUCAUAUGAGGAGGAGUGGGAGGUUUUUGACCCGUAUUUUUUCAUCAAACAUGUACCUCCGCUAACAGAAGAGCAGCUAACUCGUAAACCUGCACUCCCUCUUAAGACUCGCAGCACUCCCGAAUUCUCCCUGGUGCUUGACCUGGAUGAAACCCUUGUCCAUUGUAGCUUGAAUGAGCUUGAGGAUGCAGCACUAACCUUUCCUGUCCUCUUCCAAGAUGUAAUUUACCAGGUUUAUGUGAGAUUGAGGCCAUUCUUCAGAGAGUUUCUUGAACGCAUGUCUCAAAUUUAUGAGAUCAUUCUCUUCACUGCCUCCAAGAAAGUUUAUGCAGACAAGUUGCUGAAUAUUCUCGAUCCGAAGAAACAGCUGGUGCGGCACAGAUUAUUCCGUGAGCACUGUGUCUGUGUACAAGGAAACUACAUCAAGGAUCUGAAUAUUCUAGGACGAGAUCUGUCCAAGACCAUAAUUAUUGAUAACUCACCACAAGCCUUUGCUUAUCAGCUCUCCAAUGGAAUUCCUAUUGAGAGUUGGUUUAUGGACAAGAAUGACAAUGAGCUUCUGAAGCUGGUCCCUUUCUUGGAGAAUCUGGUGGAAUUGAACGAGGAUGUGCGACCACAUGUCCGUGACCGGUUUCGGCUGCAUGACCUCCUUCCCCCAGACUGACUCAUAGUGGGACAGUAAUAAAGACAACAAAUGCAGAUAUAUGCUUUGGAUAACAGCAUCAUUGCCAUUAAUUUUUAAAUGAACUUUUCCUCCCACAUUUUCUUUACUGUGAUAACAGCAAACAUAAAUGGCAAUCAUUUUCGACUCCCUUUGUGCCCUCCAGUCAGAGGAUUUUGAAGUGAUUGUGUGGUAUCUUCAGUCAUUUCAUCCAGUACAAAGUGAAUGUGGAGCAGUCAGAAGAGAAGAGGUGCUCCAAUGUGAUUGGUUGACACUGUUGGACUUUUGACCAAUUUCAACAGGAAUUGCCUGUAAGAAAAAGCAUAUGGUUUAACACAAGUUAGUUCUUUGUGAUUGAAUGAUUUCACCUCACCUCACCCUUCCCACACCCACCCCAGGUUCCUUAUUAAUAUAUCCGUUAAGCAUUCCUCUCCAUCUCGGUGUUUGUUUGUUUUGGUUGGUGUUUACUUCAAAAUAAUGGUUUCUCAACUGGCUUGUUUUGUUUGCCAAAAUGUGUUCAUUCUCAAACAGCUUUGUGUAAAUUUUAAAAUUGAUCUAUUGAAUUGUGUAUUUGGUUUCACGAAGCACAGAGGAAUUGUUCUCUUUUUAUAAGGAGUGACUGAAGUAGAAUGGUUUAAAACAUAGUGAUGGCUGUUUCAUAUAAAAUGGAUUUGUAGUGACUAAAUACUUAUAUUCUUCGAAAAGAAGUUCCCUUACAUCAGAUCCCAGCAACUUCUCCACAUAUUCUUACACUUUGUAAGAACUAACAACAACAAAGAUCUCAUGUAAGUUGUUAAUUAGUAGCACCAUGUAAUGGUUUAAAAUACUAUUUAUCAGCUAUUGUUACCUUUUUAUAAUUUUGUACUUCUAAUUGUUUUCAUAUUUAGCCUGUGUAUUUUUUAUAUUUUAGUUUUUAGUUUUUUCAUUACUGGUUUUCUUCAAGAAACAUCACCACAAAUGCAUUGUUUUAGUGUUAGAUUACAAUCAAAUAUUUCAUGUUAAAUAUUACAGCUAAUGUAGCAUUUACCCAUAGCUAAUCUAUUCUAACUGAACUGCAAAUGAAUGGAUAGAAGGCUGUAUCCUGGAAAAGCCCUGUUUAUAGCACCAGCAAAACAACAGCUAGUCUCAUCACUGUUGUUUAAACCUAACUGCCUGUAGUUCUGGCUUUUCUUGUAUCCUGGGAUUCGUGGGGGGUUAGCUAUGUCAAGAAGUAUUUUGUGAGGUAAUCUAGAUGAACGAAUGUGUAUUUGUUUGGGAAACAAUGAGAAAUGUGUAUAUACUGAAAAAAUAUAUAUAUAUAUAUUUCUCCUCACCACACCUCUCAUGUUGCCUUUCAACUUCAUAUUUGUAGGUAAUAUUUCAGAUUGAGUAAUACAGAUUAAGAGAAAAAAACUAUAAUAGUACCAUUCAGGGUGAGUAAAGCAGGGCCAAGAUAGAUUUAAUAACCUCUCUCAUUUUCUGCUGUAUGUCCUGCUAUGUGUUGUGUAUUGGAAAUGAACAUGCUUACUGUAUUACUCAUGCCGCUGGUGCCAUUUCUGCUCUUUGUGUACAGUGUGCUCUUUAAACAGGCUCAUUCUUAGUAAUAGACACUCACUAAUUAUAGAAUUUGUCUACAUUGGAUUGUGACCAUGUCAUAGCAAUUUGUUUUUCUAAAUAUAUAUUUUUUUAUUUUGGCGUUUCGUUGAAGUGACUUUAGAAAAAAAAAGAAAGAGAGAUCUUCGUCCUGCUCUUAUGCAGUAGGAAAGAAUGGUUGUCCAUUUAGUGUUUUUUAUCAUUUUUAAAAUGUAAAAUUUUAUUGGAAGGUGUUCAUACUGUAAUUCUCAAUAUCCCAUGGUACGUCCCAAUUUAGAGAGGAGAGGAAGGGGGGAAAUGUGAUCCCAAGGAUCCUGCUCUACUGACAAGCUGCCCAAAUGCCCUGUAUUUUUUUUUAAGAAUUGGCAAUGGUUAUACAUACAGCGGCAUGUGGCUAAACAGUAUGUAAUACACAUGAGUAGCAUUUUAUUAUUGUCAAGUAUUCUUUGUCACUACAUGCUAAAUCUUCAAAAAAUUUUAAAAUUAAAGGGAAACGGGGGUUGCAAUUACUUUUAGGCCCUGACACUUUCUUACAAAGACAACUAUUUUGUAUUUUGCUCUUUGACAUUCUUGUUCUAAGUGGUAAAGUAUGAUGGAGAGGUUUGUUUCAUGUGUACACCCAUUUCAUUGUAAUGUACAUUACUUUUUUGUAAAAUGCAUAUUGUACUAAAUACAUGUAGCUUCAUGAAAAAAAAAAAAACUUAAAAGUAUAAUCUUUUUGUAUUUUGAUUUUGUAUUCCAAAAGGCAUGUCAUAUCUAUUUUUCAAAAUGUAUUCAUUUUCCAAUGUAUUAUUGCAGAUCUAACUUGACAUCAGAUGGGAUUUUUUUAACUACUAUAUCUUUGUAUAUAGUUAGCACAAUCACGGAACAUUCUCAGCAUGUAAAAAGCCUGCUAUGUAAGUUGAGAAUUUAAUCAAGGCACUUUUUUGCAGAUGAAUGUUUCAGGUUUGUUUAUUUUCUUUUAUACUUUACAUUUUCAAAAGCCCUGUGGCUGCCUAUUGGCCUUGAGCUGCAUUGGAGUAACACUCAAGUGUAAAUGUCAUUUUCUGAAAUGUUAUUUAAGAUUGUUCAUAUAAUUGAAAUUAAGUCUUUGGAAAUGUGCAUGCUUUUUUCUGUUAAUGUAGACUUAUGUCAAAACAUGUUAGAUACUCAAAUGGUGUGUAAUAUCAAGGACAUUUUACAGAUAGGAUGAUGACAGUUUUGUGUGAUUCUGUCAGCACACAUAGCAUAUUAUUGAUGCAUUGUGAUGCAACAUCAGAAAAGGAACUGCCUUAAUGUAACUUCAUUGAGAGCAAGUUAAGAUUAAUGCAUCUAAAAGGAGCUAAGAACUCCUUUUAUGGUUCAACUUAUUCAACAAACUCACUUCAAGUAUUUUACAGUAAGUAUACAAAUGUGUCAUUUCUGUGGAAAGUAUGGUUACCAUGAUAACCAUUUGAAAUGUUACUCUAUAAAGA